CUUGAAGCGUGUUUACGACAACUGAGUCCCUUGUUACAUCCGCUUUUUUGGCCCAAAAAGUCGGAAAUUUUUUCUAAUUCCCUACUACUAUCGGCGCAUUUGGAGUAAAAAAAAUUUAUAGUUCUCAUAGUUAUGCUUCGUCGAAGCCCCACAAGAAUAGAUCUUCGUGUCGAUGAUUUGGCAGAAUACGAUCAACAGAAGAAGGAACGAGAGGCUAAAAAAGACACAGAUCGACCAGGAGGAUUCAAUCCUUCAUCCUGGGCUGGAAAAAUGUCACAAAAUGAAAUUCAAGAACGAAUAGGUUACGUGCCACAACCACCUCAAUCCACGCACGAGAGGCACAAUAUAUAAGAAAAAAAAACUAUUCUCUAAUUGUAAGUUCAGAGACUUAAAUUAUAAUCUAACUUGUUUAGAUGUAAUAGGAAUCUUCAAUUAAAAUUCACACUUUUUCAGUA